AGAUUAAUCGUUGGUGCAGUUUCCUCCGAACUGAUUUGGCGAUUAUUGUGUAAAUAGUACGUGCAUCUGCAUAUACAUCAUGACAUCGACCAAGUUAAUCAUGCCCAAUCAAAACACGCGAAGUUCGAAGGACAAGGAAGCUGAGGAAGGGAAUUUUUUGGAUGUAGUGGCCAAAACUGCGGUGGAUGAGCUUCGCGAAGAUGAGGCUACACGUCGACAGUGUUUAGCACAAUUUCGGGAAUGGAUUCAGAGCAAUUCUGACAUACAAAAUUGUCUAAUGGACGAUAGCUUCCUGCUUCGAUUUCUACGCGCGCGAAAAUUCAGCCUCGCCAUGGCACAGCAAACACUGCUCAAGUAUCUCAACUUUCGCAAGAAGUUCAAGCAUAUCUUCUACGACUUGGACUGCCAGGACGCGAAAAUCCACGAGCUCGUCACGAAUGGUUACAUCUUUGCGAGCCCCUUCAGAGAUAACAAUGGGAGGCGUGUCAUCUUGACUAUUCCAUAUAAAUUGGAUCCCAGUCGAUAUUCAAGUACAGAUAUGACUCGUGCUCACAUGGUAACUUACGAGACAUUGAUCGACGAGGAAGAGAAUCAAAUUCUAGGGUUUAGUUACUUCGGGGACGGGGCCAACGUUACCAUUCAACAUGUUGCGAUUUGGUCCAUUACGGAGUUUGCAACUUUGAUGAAAUGGGGAGAGCAAUCUUGCCCAAUGCGUCAUAAGGUUCUUCACAUUAUCAACUUACUGCCCGCAUUCAAAUACGUGGUCGAAUUUGGAGCGUCCCGAGUAAGCCCAAAACUGCGUGAUCGCUUAAAGAUCCAUAACUCAAUUAGCGAAAUGCAUGAAUCACUUCCAUCAAUUGUUCUUCCAAAAGAAUAUGGCGGCGUUAUGCCAAUGGCCGAUAUGAUUGAGUUGUGGAAAAAGGAGUUGGCUGCCAAGCGCGACCGUUUACUAUCUUAUGAUGCAAUGAAUUUAUUGUCGGAUAGAGGAAUUAUUCGCCGAAGAAAUCAACCCGGCGGUGGGGAAAUUUCUGAAAUGCAGGGCAGCUUCAGAAAACUAGAGGUUGACUAAUGCUAAGAAUUAUCAUGUUGGUUUGUUAUUUGAUUCCAGUUGUUUUGUGAGCUAGAAAAACUAAAGUAUUGUAGUGAAUUUUAGCACUAUGUUGUAGUAUUUUUAUACUUUUUACUAUUUUCAAUUUUUAUAUAAAAACACAAUAAUAAUAAAGUGAUAGAUAUUUGGAA